AUGGGCCUCGCAUCCAUCCAUCCAUCGCAGCGGCGCUUUUCUUGUGAGGUCUGCAGGAGACAAAAGUCGAAAUGUCAACGCAUACAGCGAAACGACCCUAAAUGUGCCCGGUGUACGCUCCUCGGGGUAGAGUGCACUACCGGACAACAGAAGAAAGUCGGAAGGCCGAAGCAGGCGUCAGUUUCCGCCCAAAAGGCUCCGGGUUCCAAGUCAAGAUCAACAGCCAAAGAGUCUCGAACUAAACCACUUGGUCGGCAGAGCCAGCAGAGCCAGCAAAACCCUCCUGGAGAGCUCCAGGUGUCUCCUUCAUUCCUGACCUUGCCAGUACCAGCUCUGUCUCUGGGAACGGCGGAUGCUGCAUCAGCAUGGCCAACCAUUGGAACGAAUUAUACCCAUCAGGACUCGCUCAACUGGGAUAUUGCCAAUGUUUUUGAUGACAGUUCUCCCUUGUCCAACUUGGAUUCGGCCUUGAACGUGAUAACCGCAGAUACGCAAUUGCUUGAUACGGCCGACAACAACAUCUAUUUUGCUCCACCGGGACCAGAAAGUGCCAUGGGCGGUAUUGACAGCUCAGACGCCAUGGCCAAACUUUCCCAGAUCAACCUCGACUUACACAUCCGCGUCGUCGCGGCUACCGACAUGAACAGGACGAUCCUAGGCUUGAAUGACCUCCUGUAUCAAGAAAGCCCGUUGUUUAUCGACAAUUAUACGGUGGCCGAGCUCAUGCUCAAGACAUCACAGGAUUUUCUGCAGAUACUGACGCAGCUCCUCAACAGCCAGCAACGUCUACAAUCCUACCAGAAUUCCCACCACAGUUCGACCUCGACCUUUUCUUUCGUCUCCCCCUCACAACCAUUGUUCGCCCCUCUCGCCUUAACCAUCACAAGCAUCUUCACCCAGCUCAUUUUCCUCUGUGAACUGUAUCUCGAGCACUUAACCACCCGCAUCGAGAGACUCUCCGCCGACCCCAUCGCCCCAAUCCCAGGCAUCACAUUUGGUGGGUUGCCCCUGGCAGAACCAUGCAUGCAGGGGAUGUUCUUCUCCAACUUCGUUGUCCAUCUGCUGGAAAGAAUGGAGAGGGCUCUGGGCAUCAGCGAGAUCUCUGGAGGAGGGGGUUUACUAUCGGCCAGACAAAUUGAUGUGCUUUGGAGUGAGUUGGACGGGGGAGCUGGUGUCUCUCCUGGUCAUGGCGCCUUACGGCCUGGCCAGGUGAAGAAGGGGCUUGGAAGGGUGGCUAGACAGCUUGCCUUGGUAAAUAAGUGGUUGCAUUCAUAG